AUGAAGUUGAAGCGAAAUCCUUACUCGUGGAAUAGCAAGGCAAAUGUUAUCUUCUUGGAUCAGCCAGUUGGCACUGGUAUGUCUUAUUCUUCCGGAAGCAGUGUGGACAGAACAACUCAAGCAGCAGAAGACGUUUAUUCUUUUCUCACCCAAUUUUUUGAGAGGUUCCCUCAAUACUCGUCGCACAAGUUCCACAUUGCCGGAGAGUCGUAUGCUGGUCAUUAUAUUCCAGUUUUUAGCCAGUAUAUUCUUUCUCAAAAGAACAAAAAUUUCAAUUUAACUUCAGUUAUGAUUGGUAAUGGACUGACGGACCCUCUGACUCAGUAUAGUUAUUAUCAACCCAUGGCCUGUGGUCAAGGAGGAGCACCAGCUGUUGUCAGCCAGAAUGUUUGUCAGAAUAUGCAACGGAACCUGCCAGCUUGCUUGAAUUUGAUUCAAACUUGCUAUAAUAAUCCGAAUUCUGAGAGUUGUUUCAUUGGUACUCUAACCUGUGAACAGAGUCAACUCGGCCCUUAUCAACAAACAGGAAAGAAUGUGUAUGAUGUUAGAAAAACGUGUGAUCCCAAUAGUAACGGACUUUGCUACGAAGCCCUCAACUAUGUGAAUCAAUAUCUAAACCAAGCAAAUGUAAAGCAAGCACUUGGUGUACAGAACUCGAUCACCUUUCAGGAUUGUAACAACCAGAUCAACUCCAAUUUUAUCAACAGCGGAGACUGGCUACAACCAACUCAGCGCAGAGUGGCCAAUGUUUUAGACGCAGGAGUGCCUGUUCUGAUCUAUGCUGGCGAUAAAGAUUAUAUUUGUAAUUGGUUAGGCAACAGGGCAUGGACUCAGAAUUUGCAAUGGUCGGGCCAAACUGAAUUUAAACAGACGAAAACCAGAAAAUGGCUCACCAAAGAUAAGAAGACGUAUGCGGGAGAUGUGACCAACGCCCGUCAUUUCACGUUUGUUAGGCUUUUCAAUGCGGGCCAUUUAGUUCCCCACGACCAGCCCGAGAAUUCUCUAGACAUGGUGAACCGCUGGAUUUCUGGCGACUAUAGCCUACAGGGUCAGAACGGCUUGCCGAGUGCUCACCAGGCUUUUAAGGAAACAAGCUGA